AUGAUCCAUAGUAAGAUCUUAGCAGUGAAACACUCUUGUUUCAAUAAGGAAGACAAUGAUGAGAACUACUUGUGUGCCUUUAGUAAAUCUCCUGAAAAAUGUUUACAAUGUGGUACCAUAUUAAAAGAUGAAAUAGUUGUCAAGCUCAUGUUACCAUUCUCUAAUGCUCAUGUUUCCAUUCUAUUUCCUUCAUAUCCUAUAGCUAAAAUUGCAUUUAUUCUAUCGGAUAGUAGUAAUAGUAUUUUAAAUUAUCAGUCUAAUUCAAAUUUACAUUGUGGUGUCAUUGACUCGGAAGGUAAAGUUUAUCAUUUUACUAAACAAUAUGGUAUAUCUAUUGAUUCUAUGGGUUGGGAACAAUCAAUUAUUGUCAAUGUAUCCGAAGUAACUGGAUGUAAGAAUCUGACGUCGUCCAAAUGGAAUGAAACUAUUCACAGUUAUGUUAAUAAUCUAAAUGGAUCUAUUCACAGUUAUGUUAAUGAUCUAAAUGGAUCUAUUCACAGUUAUGUCAAUGAUCCAAAUGGAUCUAUUCACAGUUAUGUUAAUGAUCCAAAUGGAUCCAUUCACAGUAGUAUGAAUCAAGAUUAUGAUUGUUUAGACUUUGUUGUGGAUAUUAUAAAAUAUGCUAUAAAUGAUCAAGAGGUGAAUCGAAUUAGAAUAGCACAAUGGUUAUCUAAUCAACUUGAAUGGGUUCUAUUAUAUACGGAUAUAAUAAAACAAUUAGAAUCUGGUUCAUUGCAAGUUAUGAAAAGACUUCCUAUUAUUGCCAUUUGUCAAUAUUAA